AUGAUCUCAUCAGCAAAUACUUUCACCAUUCUUCAGAUCUUCUUGUCCCGAGGAUUGACAUUGGAGAUGAUCAUGAGCAUCGGUUUUCCCAAUGACCGAGGGAUGACACAUUGAUGCCGGUAUCGUCUCAAAGGUUACUUGCAUAAGUAUAUGGCUCUUCCUGGGGCGUGCUUGAGGAAGCAUUCAUUGACGGGAUUCUGAUUCUUGAUGAGUGUCGAAUGUUAAGGGUCGGAGAAUGUUCAUGUGGGUCGAAAAGCAGAUGAGGGUCCAGUUGAGACCAUGAUGAGUGAGGCUAGGGAAGAUCCAAGCCAGAAAUUCAGGAUUGACAGAGCCGACCGGAACUUUGGCGAUGUAUGUUCUCAGACCGGUGAGGAGUUUUCGGUUGAGUUCUUAAGGGAUCGGAUGGGCGUCCGGAGAAUCCAGGCGAUGCCUAAUGCGGAUCAUUUCCUGCCACAGAGUCCGAGCUUCAACUUCAUAAAGGAUCAACAUGUGGUUUACGAGGAUGCGAGCGGCCCGCUCCGGCACGUGAGAGGGAAUUCGUACGGCAAUGCAGAUUUCUCCAAUGUUGUGGCUAAACCUAUGCCGAGUCCAUACAUGGAGAGCCCCACUCAUUUGGAUUAUGGAGCAAGGCCUCCAGGAGAAUACGAUUUUUUCGGGCAACGGUCGAACAUAUAUUAUGACGAAGCCGCUCAUACUCGAGGCGCCAUGGAUCCGCUUUAUUCCUCGGGGUCUCCUCAAUCGUACUAUCAUCAUGGGCUAGGAAUCAUCGCGCCAGGCUCUUCCCAUUGCAAGAUGAAGUUCCUUUGUAGCUACGGUGGACGGAUUUUUCCGAGGCCUAGUGAUGGGAAGCUUCGGUACGUCGGCGGCGAAACCCGCAUCAUAUCCAUAAGGAGGAACCUCUCUUGGGAAGAACUCGUGAAGAAGACCUUGGCGAUCUGCAACCAGCCUCACACCAUCAAAUAUCAGCUACCCGGCGAGGAUCUCGAUGCGCUGAUAUCGGUUUGUUCCGAUGAGGACCUACAUCACAUGAUAGAGGAAUAUCAGGAGCUCGAAAAAGUCGGUACUUGUCAGAGACUCCGGUUAUUUCUUGUCCCCUUGACUGAGAUAGAGAGCCCGAAUUCCUUCGAAGCUAGAUUAGCGGCCGAGCAGCAAGAUGUCGAUUAUCAGUACGUCGUCGCUGUUAACGGGAUAUUGGAUCGGAGCCCGCAAAAGAGCGCGAAAGUACAGACUCCGUCCAGCCAAGUAAUGCAUCAGGGCACGACGUCCUCAGACAACAGCCCGAGUUGUCAUAAGGACUCUCCAACGUUCGCUCAAGCUCUAGAUAUCAACGAUUAUAGCCCGAGUUACUCGAACUUGGCAAGAACAAGUUCGAAUCCUUCCGCUCAAUUAGUGACGACGAGACCGAUCCCCAACAGUCUUCUUGACCAUUCGCCCCCGAUGACUCCGGUUCCAUUACAGCAGAGGGAUUUUACGAAUCAUAGUCAUGUGAAUGAAGGCAAUAUGCAUUUUGUGCUGGACAAGUAUCCUAGUGAUAAGUCCUACUGUUAUGACAAUUCCAAUCAUCAAAAUCCGACAUCUACUCAGCCUCUUCAACUGAUUGACUCGCAAAUGGCGAACUUGUUUGAAGCCGAACAAACAUAUAGACAAAGAGGCUUUCACGUUCAUGAUCAGAACAUGACAGAAGAUUGCGUGCCAGGGUCGUGCUAUGGUUUGUUCGACAUCAAUUUCGGUAGGCCUAUAGUCAAGGAGAGGUUGUUCCAUUCAGAUAAACUCGCAACUCGUCCUGAAGGCCCGGCGUGUCAGCUUCUGGGAUCUCUUGAACUGGACGGCCCUCAUUACGGAUUGAUGCACACGCUAUCGGACUCACAGUUGCAAGGACUUAACAGGGGAUCGAUGCAUUCUACUGAGGAUGGAACAAUUUCAUGUUCAUUGAAUUGUUCGACAGAGAAGGUCCCUUUGCUGGCAACUUCGACCCAUUCUUCGCAGGAAUGGAAGAUGAAGUCACAGGAUCCAACUGCCGCAAAAUAUCAGGAAAGCACAUCUGGUUUGCGCUCGAAUGAGGAGGUGCGAGUGAUCAGGGACGAAAGCAUACUGGAGUGGCAAGACAACAAAGAUUUCAAUUCCCUUCAAGAGAAGAAACAAUUUAGAGUCAUUGUUGACGAAGAUUGCGCGAACAUGCUACAAGAGCACAAGGCAAGUUCCAACGUUGAAGUAAACGUUUCCUCAGAGAGCCAAAAAUAUACCAUCGCACCUCUUGAAGACGCAAAACGAAUGGUAUGUAUCAAAUCAGCUGUCAAAGAUCAGCGGGGACAUAAUCCUGCGUGGACUCAGGGAUCGCUUAAGCAAGUUCCUGAACUCGCCAGGCCUUCAGUCUCUCCUAGCACUUCAUGCAAAGAGAGAGAAUCCCAUGAAGAAGGUUCAGUGGACCGUGCGGGAGAAGUCCGCUAUGAGGGAGGAUCCAAUAAGGGAUUGAAGCCUGUAAAUGUGUUGCCUCCGUGCGAAGAAAAUCAUCGGAACGUUGUCCAGCCAAUACCAGUGAUCGUUGAGGAUGUAACCGAUAAUACAUCUCUCGACAUCCCCAUUUCCUCAAGAAUAGUGGCGCAUAUACAGGAUGACCCUAGUGAUAGCAUCUCAUCUGCUAGAGAAACGGAAGGCGAAAGCAUUGCUGCUGAUACCGACUAUGAGGAUGUGAAAAGCGAUGGCCAUGAUGCAGAUGACCCCAUAUCUGAUGCAGCGAUAGCUGAAAUCGAAGCCGGCAUCUAUGGUUUGCAGAUCAUAAAGAACGCCGACCUGGAAGAACUACAAGAAUUAGGAUCCGGCACAUUCGGGACAGUUUAUCAUGGCAAAUGGAGAGGAACAGAUGUAGCCAUCAAAAGAAUUAAGAAGAGUUGUUUUGCAGGAAGAUCGUCCGAGCAAGAGCGCAUAACAAAAGAUUUCUGGAGAGAGGCGAAGAUCUUAUCGAAUCUCCAUCAUCCCAAUGUCGUGGCGUUCUACGGAGUUGUUCCUGAUGGUCCUGGUGGGACAUUGGCGACGGUGGCUGAGUUCAUGGUUAACGGCUCACUCAGACAUAAUCUAGUCAGAAACAGCAGAGCUUUGGACCGUCGCAAAAAGCUUAUGAUAGCGAUGGACGCGGCUUUCGGGAUGGAGUAUCUGCAUUUCAAGAACAUCGUCCAUUUCGACUUGAAGUGCGACAAUCUGCUCGUCAAUUUGAAGGAUCCCCGCCGACCGAUUUGCAAGGUUGCAGAUUUCGGCUUGUCGAGAAUCAAACAGAACACGUUCGUGUCGGGUGGCAUCCGGGGUACGCUUCCCUGGAUGGCUCCCGAGCUCUUGAAUGGUACCAACAACCGGGUCUCGGAGAAGGUGGAUAUCUUCUCGUUCGGGAUCGCGAUGUGGGAGAUGCUGACCGGCGAAGAACCUUAUGCCAACAUGCACUGCGGUGCAAUCAUAGGGGGCAUCGUGAGCAACACGCUGAGGCCGCCGAUACCGGAGCGGUGCGAUCCAGAGUGGAGGGAACUGAUGGAGGAGUGCUGGUCCGCCGACCCCUCGAACCGGCCAACGUUCACGCAGAUCACCAUGAGGCUGCAGACCAUGCUGAAGACGCUCCAGACCAAGCGAUACCCGGACAAGCCCAAGUACUGAUCGCGCCGAAGUCGUUCUUGUUCUUGCUUUUGUAAAUAUAGUCCAUUAGCGAAUGUUCGCAGCACGGAAGAAGAAAAGAAGAUGAUUCGAACA